GAGCGAUGAGUGAGAACUGAGUGAAGCCGACCAAAAACAGCCAAAAUAACGCCGGAAAUCAAAACGUUUGAUCUUCAAACUUUAAGCGUGGCAUUUGUUACAUUGCAUAAAGAAGAGGCAGAAAGGAACCGGGCCGCUGGACGAUGGCGUUGACGUGGUUGCUGCUGGUGGAGUUGGGUCUGUACGCCAGCUGUUUCAUCUGUGGGAUUGUCACCGCCGCAUCCAUCACCAUAGUCCAGGGUAAUUUUGGAGGUCGGUGUAUUCUAUAUGGACUUGUCAACUACAAUGCAACAGCAAGCCUCGUUGGAGUGCAGUCAUCCAGCUCCUCCUCUCUGUGCUAUUUUGUGUCAGCCAUAUCAGUCAUGGUAGCAGUGGUGUGUUUCUCACUGUCUCUGUACUGGCUGUACUCUUUCUGCAUCGAUGGGGAAAUCAGAAGGGAGCGCAUAGGGAUGAGCCUGACCAUCGCUGUGUGCGGCGCCUUCCUGUUCUUCCUGCUCAUCACGGGGUGCAUGCUAAAGAUCGGACGCGACUCGCUCUGCAACUCCGUCAUACAAACAGUUCCCAACAUUACCAGAUGUGAGGAGGCCCAGGCUAAAAAAUGGGUCAGUCCACUUAGAGGAGGAAGGUUCUACGACAAUCUACACAAAGCCGAGACGGCAGUGUGGGUCAACUUCUUCUUGUGGCUCAUCAUCGGGGUUCUGGUGAUCGUUCAGAGGCGUCAGAGUUCAGGGUCGAAGACCAUCGUAGGAGGGCCGGCCGGAGGGCUCUUCAGUGAUCCAGGGGUGACGGCUGCAGAGACGGAGCCGUUUUUCAACCGUCCUGCGAGGCCACAGUGAGGACGGGUGUCACAGAUGACUUACAAAAACACGUACUUUAGCACAACAUGAAUAUGUGGGAGUGAAUGUGGAAAGAGGGUAAACACAUUAAAUGUACGCUGCCUUGUAUUUCAGGUAUUUCAGUGAAUACUAACACAUUUUUUGAGAUAAUAUAUGAAACCCCCCCCCAGUAAUUUGUCAAUAACUUUGUUUUGCGGUGUUACAGCAUGUAGAUACAAUAAAAGCAUCAGCUCUCGACGAGGAUGGGAUUCGAACCCACGCGUGCAGAGCACAAUGGAUUAGCAGUCCAUCGCCUUAACCACUCGGCCACCUCGUCAGGCUCACAGCACUGAAUAAAACAAACAAUGUUGCAGAGUCUGUCAGGGCUUUUCUGAAACAGGCUAACCAUAGAAUCCAAAGAUUGAACUGUAGAUAUGUACGGUUACCCUUUCCCACAUUUACUCACUUACCACAGCCAUUAUAAAUGUCUGACUACUGGAUCACACAGAAAUGUGGAUUUGUUCAUUCAGAAAGUGUUUCUGUUAGAUUUUGCACAUAAUCAUAAGAUGAUGGGAGAAUGUUUAUUGCAGGCAUUUAUUUAAUUUUAUUUCAUCAGUGUGCUUAUAUUUUGUAUUUUUGCAAGACUGGCAGAUGUUUUCUAUGUAAAACACAUUUUCACUCAUUUUACAAAUUAUUAACUACACGGUCCACAAAAGCUUCAAGCCAAUUUUUUUUUAACUCUUUGAAAAGUUGGUAUUGUGAGUUUCUAUUCUGUGCCCACCAGUUUUAUUUCUGUAAGUUGUCUUUAUUCUUUAUUUAUGAUUUAAUUAUUUCAUUUGACGUUGAGGCCAACUGUCUCUUCUCUUCAUGUUGUCUUAAAAUGUUUGCCAUUUGAUCGUUGGAUAGUUCAGUCUCCAUAUGUGAACAAAACCACUGCUUAAAGAAACACUUGCUAAAGCUUGCAACAGCAGGAAUAACAUUAUAUUACAUUAUGUUUCAAAUAAUUCAAAUGGAUUUUUACUUUUAGGUUUGAUAUAUGUGCUCCCACCCUAACGUUUAAAUCUAAUAUCCAGUCUAGUUUCACUCACUGGUGCAAAUCAAAUAUCAAAUACUUAAAUCUGAUCUUGUGUUUGGGAUAUUGUACCUUAGGAGUUAAUGUACCUAAAAAGGCUUGAGAUAUUUAACCCAAUAAACCAAAGAGUUGAAACACAA